CACUGCCCGAGAAAGAGGAAACCCCAUGGAGUGGGUCAGCGGAGGAGCCUGACGGAGCAGCUGGAUUCCAGCUGCUGCUGGGCGGGGAAGGACGCCUCAGAUCCAGAUUCCAGGUACCGCCGGCGGCGUGAGAGCUUUUCCAAGAGAAGAAAAGAGGAGAGGAGAGGGGAGGAGACGGGAAAUCCAGCGUCGGAGAAGGAGAGACUGAACGCCUGCAGCAGAAGAGACGGAGGGGACGAUGAGGGGAGGUGGGGUGGGGGUGGGGGUGGGGGGGCAUGAAGGAAAGACGGCCACGGGGUGAGGAACAAGAGAGGGGAAGAAAAAGUUAGAAGAAAGAAAAAGGAAGUGAUUACGCACGCAAAGAAGGAAGAAGAAGGGAAACAACAGACAGGAAGGAAGGGGAGGGAGAAGUCCAGGGUGAAAAAAAAGAGUUGGAGAAAAGUUUUCUUGUGGGGAGGCGCAGAUGAGGAAACCAGAAGGAGUGAAUGACUGGGCUGGAGGGAGCUGGGACGGGAACAAACCACUUCUUUUCUGAGACCUUCCCAUUUUUUGGGCUGCGUUGGACAUGUACACGGACGGCUCCCAGACGCUGGGACACCACCGAUUUCUCCAGCGGGCCCACCCCCCCUGCCCAAGCCAGCACCGCAUCUCCUGUGAGCAGCUGUACGGCUGUCACUCCGCCGGACGCCCGCCAGCGUCCGCCCCACGCCUGGACUGCAGGAGAGACGUCCGAGCUCCUCAGGUCAGGGACGGCGGUCAGCGCAGCCCACAAAGGAGGCCUGUGUUUGCGGGGCCCGGCCCCUGGAGCCACCCAGACGACUGGAGCCAGACAUGCGCCUGGGAACUGAACCCGGCCCUGUGGAGCUGCCCGGCACAGCCCACAAGGAGACACUGCUCCUCUGUGAGCCAACACUGUGGCUGUGUGAGCAGCUACAACGGGGGACCCGCCCUCCACAGCGGGAUACCACACCCACUUCCCCAUCUUCAGGUCAAAGGUCAUGGGCACAGGCGUAGAAGGACCAUCAGGUAUCUGGCCUUGGACGAAGAAGAAGGCUGUGGAUGUUCUUCUGGAAGCUACCAGGUGGAUCCGGUUCCUUCUAACAUGGCAAACGGGCACUGUGGACCGGAGGCCGUGUUCUUCCAGGGAGGGGCGCACAGAGAUAACCAUCAGGAGCCUGAAAGGCUGUACGUUUCUUUAAAGGAGGGUUGCAGUAGCUGUGAGGGUCCUCAUGAAUGCUUCUUCCCCACUGAGGUCCCACAGAAGCAUUUGAACCACAGCAGAAGACAGGGAACCUGCAACCUUCCCUCAGGUGUCCCCCGCUCAGAGACGUCCACCUCUCCACACAUCUGCCAGCGUCAGCCGUCUGAGGAGACGAGGCAGAGGAGGAGGAAGCCUACAGUUAGGGAUCAGAUCCGGCAAGUGGUGACAGAUCUGGAGGACGUGCUGGGGGGGUUGAAGCAAGUUCACGUGGAGAUGAAAGAGGUGGUGGAGCAGAUAGAUCGUCUCACAGCGGACAUCCGCCUGGAGGGGGAGGCGCCGGGCGUCACCUGGGGGUCGUCCGAUCACCUUCAUGACCCUGCUCCUUUAGGAGACCUGAGAGUCGCACUGAUGGCCAAUCAGGAACCUGCUACAGGUCAGGGCCCCCAAGCCAACGGCGAGGACCGCGUCCUCCUCAGAACAAACGCUCCCUCCCCCGUCCACAUGGCUUCAGUGGUCAAAACCAACAGCUUCGUCCCCCCCGGCCUCAAUAAGGACUCGAGUCAAGAAAAGCUGCUCAGUAUGAACGGACACCUGCCUCAUCUGAACCUGAAGCGGGCCCCCAACCACACUGAACCCCCCCCAACCCUGGACCCAAAGGUCAUCAUCGAGAACAGCCCCUCCAAUCCCCAAACUCAGAAGCCCCCACCUUAUCCCCAGAACGGCAGAUGUGGGAAGGGCCCCCACCCACAAACCCGGCCUGUGAAGACCCCUGCCCACCCUGUAAAAGGACGCCAGAGCACCAGCAAGGUGUAGGUGGGGGGGGCCUGAAACCUGAGGCUCUUCUGUGACGGGUGGAGGUCGGCGGGGACCCGGCGGGGGCGUCUGUCACAGGAGCAGACGGAGGCAGACCAAAGCAGCACUGAAGGGGGGGGGGGCGGUUGAAGAACCCAGAGCUGACCUGCCAUCGAGCAUCACCAGGGAAUGCAAGUGUGAAGGCAAGCUAGAGGAUCCGGUCAAGGUGUAAGCUGCUGAGAGGAGGAAGGAGUGAGCGGGUACAACCACAAACAGCAACAUAAGCAUCAUUUUUCGCAACAGUGAAGAUUUUUUUAUCCCAAAAAUGACUAUUUUUUUAACAGAUUUUACCAAACCGUGUAAAGUUCAGCAAAGAUAUAUUUUUGUACGAGUGUUUGAACGUAUGAGGAGGGAAGGAAAGAAGAGACGAAGAGCUGCGACUCUUUGAACUCUGUUUGAUGCUCAGAUGAUCCUAAAUGUCCCGCUUUUCUCAGUAAAUACAGACGUGAGCGGCGUUUCGUGUGAGGGGGGAGUGGAAGCUGUUGCUCAGCAGAUCCACAGGGUCCGUGUGUGGUCUGACUCAGCCAGCGUCUGUGUUUGUUUAAAUCUUGUCUAAGAAUGUCGCCGCUCUCUGCUUUGACCAAAACCCCCUCCCCGUUUCUUCGCAGAUCCUUCCCCCCUUCGUCAUGACAGACAGAGGCAGAACUGCCCGUCACGUUCAUGGUUGUCUGUUGUCCUCACAAAUAUCAAACCACAACGGGGACCAAUCAGAAUCUUGUCAUUUGAACAAACCAAAUAAAAACAUGACUAAAAAGGAGAUCUUGGAGCAGUCAGUGUGACCUUUAGGCCUCUGGGGAGUCUUAACAUGAGGCCGGGGGGCAGACAUUUGUGGAGCUGCAGUCAUUACAGUUUCUGUGAUGUUCCGAGUGAAUUCCCACAGACAAAACCUCGCCUUACGUAACCGUUUUUGGUGCCCAGAUGCAGACUCCAAGCAGGAGGCCUCCAGGUGAGGAACCCAACGUUCUCCGUUUGCUGGGGCAGAGGGGGCAGGGAAGGGCCAACCCAGGAUGGGUUCGAGUCUGAACACACAGAAAAGACAGAAGAAAGAGGUGGAGCAGAGCAGGAGGCAGGACGUGCAGGAACAAGCCACUGAAGUCUGCGUCCUAAUGAAUGUAAUGCAGGUGUGGCGAUCAAUCACAGCAGAGUUAAGAACAGGAAGCAAACAAAAACGCACAAAAGAACAAGCUCCUUCCUGCAGAACAGAGGAGGAAGUCUGACAAAAGGAUGCUAGACAAACACCGCCAGGCAGAGAGCAGGACGGCCUUUGGUCUGUUUCUCUAAAAGUUUGACUCUGAACAAAAACAAAAGUCAGAAAACCGCUGAGUUGCACAAUCCUGUUGGAUACGUUUCAGAUACAAGAUUUCAAUAAAGUUUUAUGAUGCAGCGGCA